AUGUCGAUGGCCUUAAGAGCGAAGAACAACAAUGAACCGAAACUUAAGCAAACACUUCUUGAUGCCGGACAAAAAACGGUCGACGCAACUAUUUGUAAGCGUUGUGGUAUGGCAUAUUUUCCUAAUUCAGCCGAAGAUAAAGCUGCUCAUGCAAAGUAUCAUAAUUUCACGACAUCUGCAAUACGAUUACGAAAUUUUAAACAUCAAUAUGUGUUACAGCAAUUUCUUGACGGAAGUAUUUAUAUGAUUGGUUGCACGUCGCCGGCGUCCGAGCAGAAAAAGGCUGAACAUGUCAGGGAAUUAGUUGAUAAUGAAUUAGGAAUCACUACACCAUUUAAUUGUUUAUGGAGUGAAACCAAAGCGUACUUUUACAUUGAAGAUUGUAGUGAUAUUGUUCUUGGUUACUGUCUCGCCCACAUUGUUCAUCGGGUUCAUGUUCUUGACUUAACUGAUGAAUCAAAUAUUGAUACUGAAACUGAAAUGAAUAAAAUGCUUUGUGGAAUCGCUCGGAUAUGGGUACAUCCUGAUCAUCGUCGAGCUCGUAUUGCAACGAAAUUACUCGAUUGUGUUCGCACAAAUUUUUUCUUCGGUAUUGUUAUAAAACGUGCUGACUUGGCAUUUUCGGCACCAACUGAUGACGGACCCAAUAUAUUCGAUCCGUCUAUUGAAGAUAAACAAAUUAUGGAGUCGAAUUUAACAUCCAGUUUUCUGAAAAUUGGCGAUACAAUAGCUUUAUAUGCCGAAGGAACUGUUUGUGGAUUUAUAAGUACACUUGGUCUUGUUGAUGAUCGAUGCGUUGUUCAACCUGAUGCUGGUGAUCUGCAAAAGCCACCGAAGAAGUAUCGAGAUUGCCUAUUUCGUAUAUGUCCGAGCCAUCGCUACAGUGCUCAAACGCAAUAUUGGAAUGCAUUGAAGAGUCCGAACAUCGUUCGAGACUUGAAGAAAUUACAAAUCGCUGCUGAUACCGAAAAACGUCAAAACGAAGAAGAAAGUCGAAAGCAAACGGGCACAGUGAUCAAAUAUGGUGAUACUAUUGUCCAAUUACUUCAUAUCAAAAGCAAUAAAUACAUCACUGUUAACAAGCGACUACCCGCAUUCUUGGAGAAAAAUGCCAUGCGUGUUUCGCUGGAUGUCAGUGGCACUGAAGGUUCAUGGUUUCAAAUUGAACCGUAUUAUAAACUACGAGCGAAAGGCGAACGUGUUGUUGUUGGAGAUAAAGUUGUGCUGAUGCCGUAUAGUGGCGGACAACCAUUACAUGUCAGUGAAUUGGAAUUACCAGAUCAUCCUGGAUCAAAAGAAAUCAAUUGUUAUUCGUUUAAUCUCGUGAACUCUCAUAUUCAAACAAGUUGGAAAAUUGUUCUAUUCGUGUCGUGCCACGAAGCUACGAAUGAAGUGUUGAAGAGUGGUGAUAUUGUUCGUUUAUUUCAUGCUGAACAAGAAAAAUUUCUCACCUGUGAUAAUUAUCGAAAGAAAAGUGUUGUUUUUCUACGUGCUACUGGACGUGCAUCAGCCACAUCCGCUACAUCGUCCAAUGCUCUAUGGGAAAUCGAAGUUGUUCAACAAGAUCCAUGUCGUGGUGGUGUUGGUCACUGGAGUUCAUUAUUUCGCUUUAAACAUCUCGCUACCGGACAAUAUCUCGCUGCUGAAGUCGACCUCGAUCAAACGUUUGAUGCCACACGACAGAAAUUGCGAGGUCCACCAAGUACACCUGUCUUUGCACUCGUUCCUAUCCCUCAUGGUUACGACAUUUCUUCGAUAUUUGAAUUUGAUCCAACAACUAUAACACGUAACGAGGAUCCAGUCCCAUGGGGCUCAUAUGUACGUUUGCAGCAUAUAAGCACAAACACAUGGGUGCAUUCGACGAAUAUCAAAUUGGACCCAGAUGACGAUAAUGUUCGAUUCAAGAUUGGUUGCGCACUGUUGAAAGAAGAUAAAGAAGCUUUUCAAAUAGUGCAUGUUUCACCCGAUGAAGUCCGAGAUCUCGAUUUUGCUAAUGAUGCUGCCCAACAUUUCGAUGUCACUGUAUCGAAAUGGGAAAAAAUCGGAAUCAUAAAUGUUCAUGCUAAUGAAAGAAAACAAGUUAUUUUAUUAUUAACUGAUAUUGUUUACUUUCUCGCAUGUCAAGAGAACAAUGGAAGUGAUCCUUUUGAGGUACAAGUCUUGAAACCUAAUCGUGAGAGACAAAAAUUGAUUCGUGAACAGAAUAUUCUCAAGCAGUUAUUUCGCGUCCUACGAGUAUUGAAACCCCGUCUAGAACUUGAACGAUCUAAUAUGAAUAAUUCGAAAAGCUCAGAACAUUUUGCCAGUAAUUCACCUGUAUCGUCCGCUAAUGAACAUUAUAUUUCAUCUCAACAACAACAGCAAGAUGCUGAUAUACGCUAUUCAACUACAACUUACCAAAUGAAAACAAUUUGUCGUCUUUGCUAUCGAAUACUCAAGCAUUGUCAACAGGAAUAUCGAAAAAAUCAAGAAACCAUCGCGAAAGAAUUUGCUUUUAUGCAAUCCCAAAUUGGUUAUGAUAUUCUCGCUGAAGAUACCAUCACUGCAUUGUUACAUAACAACAAAAAAUUAUUAGAGAAACACAUCACUGAAAAAGAAAUCGACACAUUUGUUAAACUAUUAAGAGAGAAGCGAGAUUGCAAGUUUUUAGAAUAUUUAUCGGAUCUAUGCGUAUCCAGUAAUCAAGCUAUUGCUCGAACACAAGAAAUGAUAUGUAAAUCAGUGUUAGAGAAGAAUUCGGAUAUAUUGAUUCGAACAAAACUGGAAGUAAAAACCUGUAUUGAAGAUACUGUGUUAGAUGACACGGUUAGUCCACCGACUGGAUUUUCUCAGCAGAAUAUCCUGCCGGAAGUCGUUUUAACAUGGGAUGGAAAGUCAGAAUCAAUUGAAUACAUGGCCGGAGUGAUCCGAGAUCACCCAACACAUCUGAAACGAGAAGAAUUCAAGAAUAUAUUAGAAUAUUAUAGAUAUCAAUUGAAUUUGUUCUCUCAUAUGUGUUUCGAUCGACAAUAUCUCGCUAUUGAUAAUCUAUCCGCGGAAUUACCAAUUGAACUUAUUCUAACAUGUAUAAAGAGUGAGAAUCUUCCACCAGAUCUUCGGGCUGCAUUUUGUCGUCUAAUGAUUCAUAUUCACGUAAAUCGUGAUCCACAAGAAGAAGUUACCCGUAUCAAAUAUGCUCGACUAUGGAAUCAAGUGAAACCAACGAUAACACUCAAUGAUUAUGAUCAAACCAUCAGUGGUUCACUUGACCCAUCGGAAAAGCAGGAAAAUCGGAUUAAUUUUGAAUCGACGAUGAAAUUCGUAGAAGAUUAUCUCAAGACGGUUGUUCAGCAACCAAACUCAUUCGCAGAUGGUGAACAAAACAAACUGACUCAUGAAGUUGUUAAUCUCGCUCGUCGGCUAAUCUUCUUCGGAUUCUACAGUUUUGAAGAUUUACUCAAACUGACGCAAACACUCCUCGGCAUCCUUGAUACAAACAAAGUCUCCAUAUCUAAACCACAUCUAGAGCCAGUCUCAUCAGUCGUUGUAUCAACAUCGAAAUCGACAAAGUACGAACCAGCCAUUGCGCCUACCUUGUAUUCAGGUGCAGAUGUCAACAUCGAACAAACAUAUGAUACCCUCGACGAUUUGGCAUAUGAAACCAAGAUGAAUGUUAUUGCAAUAUUGGAAUUCAUCCUCGAUAUUCGUCUCGAUUUCCGCAUCUCGCGUUUGAUUUCGAUGUUCAAACAAAAAUACGAUCAUCCUGAUUCAAUUCCAAAUCUACUUCAAACAGCUGAUAUCGAAUGUAUAUUCGAUUCCAGUGAGCCCAAUCUCGAUCUAGACGAUGCAAAAGGCAAAACAUUCCUGAAAGUUCUAUUGAACUUAGUCAUGCAUGAUUAUCAACCCUUAGUAUCUCGUGCUUUAUCUUUACUUUUCCGACAUUUUAAUCAACGAAAAGAAACUCUACAACAUCUGAAUCAAGUGCAAUUACUAGUUAGUGAAACAGAUAUUCAAAAUUAUAAGCAAAUCAAGCAAGACUUAGAUCAAUUGAGAUUAUUUGUCGAAAAAUCGGAAUUAUGGGUUUAUAAAAAAGGCAAAGAUGGUUUAGCGUUGGCAAAUGGAGCGGAUGGACAAGCCGAUCAAGAAGAUCGAAAAGAAGAUGAAUUAGAAAUCAAGAAACUGGUUACUUCGUCUGGUCUUACUGAUACAGAAUUCGAUAUUGGCGGUCCGAUUAUCAAUGAAGACUCAGCAUAUCGCUAUACAUCGAUAUUUCAGAUCCUCCGGCGAAUGAUCAAACUAUGUGUGAUGGAAGGCGUUGACGGGACGUUGCAUGCGCGAGAAAAUGAACAGCGUCUUUUGAGAAAUAUGGAUGUCCAUGUUGUUGUCUUAGAUUUAUUAAAGAUUCCGUAUGAUAAAGUAGAGGAUACUCGAAUGAAUUGCAUAAUGAAAUUAGCUCAUAAUCUGCUACAAUAUUUUUGUUAUGAAAAUCCAACGAAUCAAGCGAAAUUAUAUGAAUUGUACUUCAAUGAUUAUCAGCAAUUAUCUGAGGAACAAGAAGUCGAAACAUGUUGUUAUAUAUUUCUCAACAAUGUUCAUCUAUGUAAAACAAUAACGGAGAAGCAUGUUCAACAUUUUGUUCAUUUAAUCGAACUACAUGGUCGUAAAGUGAUUUAUAUCAAAUUUCUCCAAACAAUCAUCAAAGCAGAAGGACAAUAUAUAAAAAAUUGUCAAGAUAUCGUCAUGUCGGAAUUGGUUACUUCGGACGAAGUUUUAAUGUUUUAUGAAAAAGGCAAUCUCUCUGAUCUGGUCGACCGUAUGCAAUCGGACAGUGAACGAUCAGAUCCGAAUUCCUUACUGAAUUAUCAUAUACAACUUGUUCAUCUACUCGCAAUGUGUACCGAAGGAAAAAAUGCAUCAACUGAAAUCAAAUGUCACUCACUAAUAGGUCUCGAUGAUCUAGUUCUCAUCGUCACACAUCCAGAUUGUAUUCCUGAAGUUAAAAAUGCGUAUAUCACCUUUCUCACUCAUUGUUACAUCGACACUGAAGUGGAAAUGAAAGAAAUCUACAACAGUCAACAUAUUUACACACUAAUCGAAAAAUCAUUCUGUCCAGAUAUAGAAAAAUUAAUAACAAGAUCAGUGGAACAACGGUAUUUGGAUAAAUACAUUUUAGAAACUAUCAUCGAUUUGAUUAAUCAAUUUUUCAACUCACCAUUCUUUGAACAAUCAUCGGCGCCACAAGAUCAGUAUAUGCUUGAUGAUAGUCGAUCAGCUGAGAUCGCGCCAUCAAUAAUUGCUUCUUGGGAGCAUCGAAAUACGACUUUGGUAUCGUUACAUAGUCAUUUAACGCGACUAUUAAGUGUACCAUGGCUAUCGUCUGUUCAACGCGAACGAAUUGAACGAUGUGUUCAUGUGAUUGCAUCGAUUGCUGAUCGUCGAGGACUUCUUCAUUUUCUUCGUUCAAGUCACAGUUCAAUCAGUGAAUCAGUCAAUCGUUCACGCCGUACUAGCCACAGUACCGUGUCCGGCCGGCGGCAUAGUAGCGAUUAUCUCGCAGAUGUGUGCGAUAAUUCCGAAGAUUUAGAACAUAAACGUGUCAUCGAUCGAUUUGUGGAAUAUCUAUCUGAUGUUAGUGUUCGACUUAAUCCGUUGAUUCAAGCAGAGAUCAGUGUACUUGUGGAUGUCAUUCGAGCACCGAAUGCCUUGUUUCCCGAAAAUAAUGAAUGUCGAUCGAAAUUUCUCUCUGGAACAUUGAUUCAUAAGUUUAUCCAACACGCGAAGUAUCUACUUGUACGAACGAAUGAAAAUCUAUGUUUACGAAUUAUGCACGCAUUGAAAUCGAUGGUGAAAAGCAAUCACGAGUUCGAUACGAUGGGACAAAGUUUACGAUUAAAAUUGUUACGACGGUACUUUUCGGAUGACAAACAAUAUCUGAAAUCGCUUCAUCAACCGCUAAAAGAAGAAGAUGCUCUCGAACGAUUACGAUUAACACAAAAUGAAUUGAACAGACAAGGUGCAAGUGAUCUUGUCGUGGAAUUAUUCAUUAGUCAAUCAUCGAUGAACAUUCUCGAAGAAAGUAUCCAUCUAGCGAUCGCACUACUCGAAGGAGGAAACACUGAAGUGCAAACAAGUAUAUUUCGUCGUUUGCAUGGAUGUGAGACCGCGUCGGAGAAGUUCUUUCAAGUUUUUUACGAUAAAAUGUAUGUCGCACAAAAAACACUGAAGAGUAUGUCAUCAGUUAGUAAUGAUAUUACCGAAGACACUGAUGAAUACGAUGAUUUUACCUUCACGCCUAAGUCUAUCAAUAUGUCGUCGAUAUUAACUCCAAUGAUAAGUGGUCCUCAACCGUCUCUUGCACCACCCUUAGAUGAGAAGUUUACCAUCGAUCCAGCAUCCGAAGUUUCACUUCAACCUCCGAUAGAUGAUGUGUCAAAUGAGGCGGAAAUCGAUUCACCACAAGAAUUGCAACCCACAUUGACGACCUAUGACAUUCCACUGCAAAUCGAUCGACCGAAAAAUUCAACACCGGGCUCGGUGGACACUCUCGAUAUUCAUCUGCAGAAUCGUCGUCAUAAAUUGGCGUUUGAACUUCGAAUUAUGCAACCAAUCUUACGAUUCUUACAAUUGCUCUGUGAAAAUCACAAUCCUGAAUUUCAGAACUAUCUCCGAUUACAAGAUAAUAACAAAACAAAUUACAAUCUUGUUUGCGAGACAUUGAAAUUUCUCGAUGCAAUCUGUGGUUCUCAAACAGGUUUACUUGGUCUUCUAGGAAAUUAUAUUAAUGAAGAUAAUGUGGAACUGAUCAAUCAAGCAUUAAAUACUCUAACUGAAUACUGCCAAGGACCAUGUCGAGAUAAUCAGGAUGCCAUUGUCAAUCACGAAUCCAAUGGCAUCGAUAUCAUUAUUGCUAUUGUGUUGAAUGAUAUCACACCAUUAAAUCAAAAGAAUUAUGAUCUUGUAUUAGAAUUGAAAGAUAAUGCAUCGAAGUUACUCUUAGCCGUAAUGGAAAGUCGAGAUGACAGUACCAAUGCUGAACGUAUUCUUAGAAAUAUCAAUCCUGUUUCACAAUUGAUCGAUGUUGCUUGUCAAAUUUAUGCUCGUGGUAAACAAGAAGAAGUCGAACACAAAGAAGUCGAAAAUCUUGAAGAAACACACGAGGAAGAAGCUAAUGAUAAUCCGGAUAAUGUUGCUCAAACUGUUGGUCAUAACAUGUAUAUUCUCGCCUAUCAGCUUUCGCGUCAUAAUCGUGAGUUGGAAGCAUUGAUGAAAAUCCGAACGUUAAAUGACGAAGCAUUAUCAUAUUAUCAUAAACACACCGCGGAGAUUGAAAUCAUACGGCAUGAUCGAUCUAUUGAACCUAUUGUCUUUCCUGUUCCACAACUAUGUGAAUUUUUGACAAACGAAAAGAAACAGAAAGUUUUUCUCACUUGUGAACAAGAUCAACAGGGAUCGAAAGUGAGAGAUUUCUUUGGAAAAUUUCCGGAGAUCUUCGAGGAAAUGAAAUGGCAAAGAAAAUUGCGUCAUCAACCGACCUUAUACUGGUUCUCAUCUCAUAUGUCCCUUUGGAGUGAUAUCUCAUUCAAUUUCGCAGUGUUGAUCAACAUUCUUGUUGCUGUGUUUUAUCCAUUUAAUAAAGGCUUGAAAGAUCUCGAUUCUCGUGCUUCGGCAGCAAUCUGGAGUGUAUUUUUAAUUACACUAAUAACCACAUUAUUAAAACCUAAUGUAACAACAUUGCGUAUGUGCUUUGUAGCAGGAAUUUUAAGAUCGAUUUAUUCCAUCGGACUCGGGCCAACUCUAUGGUUCAUGGGCGCGAUACAAGUUUUAAAUAAAGGAGUGUUUUUAGUAAGUUUUAUGGGUAAUAAUGGCACGUUUUCCAGGUCACGCUAUGAAAAUCUAACGAACUUUCAAUUGGUCUAUCACAUGGGUUAUCUAGCUUUGUGUGUGUUUGGCUUAUGCGUUCAUGAAUUUUUCUAUAGCUUAUUGCUACUCGAUGUUGUUUAUCGUGAAGAUACGUUGUGGAAUGUCAUUCAAUGUGUUGUUCGCAAUGCUAAAUCUGUUAUUUUAACAGCUGUCUUCGCUGUUAUUAUCAUCUAUCUCUUUGCUAUUUGUGGAUAUCUGUUUAUCCAAGAUGAUUUCCUCAUGGAAGUGAAAACGAAAGCGCUUGCAAUUGAAGAUCAAACAAUAAAUUCGACAUUGAAAAACUACACCGAUCGAUUUCCAACAACGGUUUCACAUAGUAUAGAAGAUCGAUAUUGUACGAAAGGUAACUGUUCGAAUGACACAUUGACUGGGCAUCUUCGGCAUUCCACUCAAAUACCAAUCUUAUCACCUGAAGAUGCAGGAGAAGAUGAAGUCGAACGUGCCUGUGAUACGUUAUUUAUGUGUAUUGUAACUACUCUGAACAAAGGUUUACGGAAUGGCGGUGGAAUCGGAGAUGUCCUCCGACAACCUUCGAGUCAAGAACCAUUGUACUUCUUCCGAGUUAUUUACGAUAUGAUGUUCUUCUUUGUUGUUAUUAUUAUUACCUUGAAUUUGAUUUUUGGUGUGAUCAUUGAUAAUUUUGCUGAUUUACGUACAGAAAAACAAAGAAAUGAUGAAGUCCUUCGUAAUACAUGUUUCAUUUGUGGACUCGACCGUAAAUCAUUCGACAACAAACAUGUCACAUUCGAAGAUCAUGUCCAUAAAGUUCAUAAUAUGUGGAAUUACGUCUAUUUCAUGGUUUUGAUUCAUGUCAAAGACUCAACGGAAUACACUGGUCCGGAGAGUUAUGUUCAUGAAAUGAUCGAACAAAGAAAUCUCGAAUGGUUUCCGCGUAUGCGAACGAGUAGUUUGGAUAAUCAAGAGGAGAAAAACAAAGAAGAUCAGGAUAAUCGUCUAUUGAAACUUCAAAUGGAAGAUGCGAACAAAACAAUCAAAACAUUAGCAGCCGAAUUAUCUGAAUUACAAAAACUUGUCACAGAAUCUCGAACACAAAAACAACGCAUGAAUUUUAUUCAAAAUCCUGCUUUACCAACGUCUCUAAAUGCAUAA